AUGACCAUCGACUCAGAUCCAAAGGGAGAAUGCCACCAGGUCCCUCCGUGGAACAACAUCGUCACCCAAAAGCGCACCACCCAGCUAAACCUCAUUCCCGAAACCUGGCGUCUCCCAGCCGAGGUCCUAGCAAACCCACCAGCAUCAAGUAUAGAAAUUAUCCGAGCUAGCGGUAUACUCUCCACCGAGGAACUAGCGUGGACCGAAACAACAGAUAUCUGCAACCUAGUCUCACUCAUCAAAACCAGAAGUAUAACGAGCGAACAGCUCACAACAGCUUUCUGCAAGCGGGCUGCAAUUUCUCAGCAGGUGAAUAAAUGUCUGACGGAGAUUUUCUUUAAGAGGGCGCUUCAGAGAGCGAGGGAUCUUGAUGAGAUUCUGAGGCGGACUGGUGAUGUUGUUGGGCCUUUGCAUGGUGUUCCUGUUUCUGUCAAGGAUCGGUUUGAUGUUGAGGGUGUUGAUACGACUGUUGGAUGGGUUGGUCUUACGAACAAGCCAGCUCAAUCUAAUAGUUCAGUGGUGCAACUGCUUGAAUCUAUGGGUGCGGUGCUAUAUGUCAAGACUAAUGUGCCGCAGUCUCUCAUGAUGUCAGACUCAUACAACCACGUCUUCGGCCAAUCCGUCAACGCAUUCAACCACGCCCUAAUUUCCGGCGGAAGUUCCGGCGGCGAAGGCGCCCUCGUUGGCAGUAGAGGCAGCAUCUUAGGAGUCGGCACAGACAUCGGUGGCUCAAUCCGAGUACCAUCUGCCUUGCAGGGUCUAUACUCCAUCUGCCCGACGACGGGUCGAGUGCCGUGGGAUUGUUCCUUCUUACACCAACACUAUCUCAUCCCACCCGUAGCCGGGCCGAUGGCUACAUCCCUCGCUACAACGGAGUAUUUCAUGGAAAGUCUCCUCAAGUCUGAUCCAUGGAAUAUCGACCCAGGUGCCAUUCCCAUUCCGUGGAGAAAGGAACUAGCAGCUCCUCCGACAAAUCGUAAACUGAGACUCGGUGUCGUAUUCGAUGAUGGCGUUGUUAAGCCGCAGCCGCCUGUGGCGAGGGCGAUGCGUGAGACGGUGGAUGCUUUAAGGGCUGCAGGUCAUGAAGUAAUCGAAUGGGACACAACCCUCCACGUCCCCGCUACCAAUCUAUGGACGAAAGGGAUUCUCGCCGACGGCGGGCAACACUGCCAUAGUCUCUGUCAGAUAGUAGACGAGCCUUUAAUUGAAGGGAUGGUAGUCGGAACGGAGAAAGAUCUACUAUCAAUCCAAGAGCGAGAGAAGCUCGAAGAAACUAAAUAUGCCCUCCAAACAACGUUCCUCAAGCAAUGGGUUAAUUCGGGCAUCGACGCCCUACUCAUGCCCGUCCUCCCCUGGGUAGGCUACAAGCCUAAAACGUGGGUGCGUAGUAAACAGUGGCUGGGAUAUACGGCGAUGUGGAAUUUGUUGGAUUAUGCUGGUGUCACUGUUCCUGUUACUAGGGCUGAUCGGGGUCUUGAUUCUGUCGGGGGUGGGUUGAAUGCUGAGUGGGAGGGACAUUCUAUUCGGAAUGAGUCGGAUGCGUUUAAUUAUUUGCAGUAUGAUAUUGACCUCGUGCAUGGAAUGCCUAUCUGUGUACAGAUUGUUGGUGGUCGCUUCGGAGAGGAGAAGGCUGUUGCAGUUGGAAAGGUGGUGGAUGAGUUGAUGAAUCCUACCCCUUUCCAUUCGUAG